AUGGAAUACGCAAAUCGUUAUAAGCGGAAACCUGCCACCGACAUCUUUACAGCAGACACAGAUAUCGACAGGCGAAAAUGCAGACGGACGGUUCCUAUGAAAGUUCUCAUAUUGGGCUUGGGGCGUACCGGGACAGCCUCCAUGCGAGCCGCCAUGCAGCAGCUGGGGUACGUUGACACGUACCACAUGAUGUCGUGCUCGAUCGAGAACCCGCCCGACGCGCUCCUCUGGAUGGACGCCCUGCGAGCCAAGUACGACGGCGUCGGCAAGCCCUUCACGCGGGAGCAGUGGGACAUGCUGCUCGGCAACUGCCAGGCCGUGUGCGACUGGCCGGCCAUUGCCUUUGCCAAAGAGCUGAUCGAGGCGUACCCAGAGGCCAAGGUGAUCCUCACGAACCGCGACGUCGAUUCGUGGCACGCCUCGACGAUGCGGACCGUCUACUGGCGCGUGACGGACCCGGAGCUGCGCUGGCUCUCCCACGUCAGCUGGGCCGCGGGGAUGUACUACCCCAUGCUCAAGAAGUUCUUUGACACAUUUUUCGAGGGCGACUUUCCGAACCGCGGCAAGGAGGUCUUCAAGAGGCACUACGAGGAGGUCCGCCGGCUGGUGCCCAAGGAGAAGCUGCUCGAGUACCACAUUACCGAUGGCUGGGAACCGCUGUGCAAGUUCCUUGGCGAUCCGGUGCCGUACGGCGUCAAGUUCCCCAACGUUAACGACAACAGGGACUUUGUUGAGAGGUCCAGGAGAAGGAACCGCAUGCAGAUGCUUAACGUCGCGCUCCGGGUGUUGCAUCUGAGCUUGGUUACCAUCUUCACGCUAUAUGCUGUUUAUUUGCUCGGUCUGUGGUUGUCUGCUUUUUCGUUAUCCUUGAAGCAUUAG